UCCACCUGUCAUUCAAAAAUCGAUUUCCUCCAAAUGUAAAUUCCCAAUUAUACCCAUCCUUUGUAUUACGUAUCACGUAUCAUGAGAAUCGGAUUCAUAAUCUUAAUUUAAAUUGGAAUUUUACAAUCUGAAUAUGGCAAUAUGGCAAUUUCAAUGUGCAAAUCCGAAUAUAGAUGGAAAUCGAAUGCAGUAUUCAAUCAAUUUUGUUAUAUGGCCGAUUAAAUUCAUCUUUUUAUGAAAGAAAGAUCACUUUGAUUAAAGACUUGGACAAUAUGAACGAUGAUUACACACUAAAAGUGUCUAUCAUCCGCCUGUGGAAAUCGCUUUCAGAUGGUAACCCCACUAUUGUCAGAUCAAUUGAGAUGAUACUCAUGGAUGAAAUGUGUACAAAAAUCCGAGCAAGUGUGUAUCCAAGAGAUUUUCAAAGGUUUGAGUCCAAACUGAAAGAAGAUCAAGCUGUUUACAUCCGAUCCCCCACUAUCGCUCCUAACAAAUACACUUUUAAAAUAAGUGAUGUAACCUCCAAGUUAAAUUUCCAUCGAAGAACAACUGUUAAUGAGUGUCUACACUUUCAAUCCAAAACAACAUAUGGAUUUUCUUUUGUUUCUUAUGAAACAAUUAUCUCUGCAACAGCUACCUCUAAUGAAUCAAUUGAUAUUAUUGGUGAAGUUGUUUCAUUAGGAAAGCUUGAUUCCCGUGAUGUCACCAAAUCUCUACAUAGGCUGCCUUUACAAAUCAGAAACUUAGAAGGUUUGCAGGUUAACGUUACAUUGUUUGGAGAUAUUGCAUACCAGCUAAUUUCUUAUCUUGAAGCUCAUAAACAAGUUGGUCGUGUGAUUGUCCUUUUGCAAUUUGCAAGAAUUAAUGUCUAUAACGCAACACCUUCUGUUAACAGUUAUUAUGAACAAACACGGAUGUUCAUAAAUGCUAAUCUUCCCGAAAUUGUUACCUUCACAGAUAGCUUGGUUGGAUUACGAGGACUUCAAAACCCUUCUGCUUCUUUGACUGUUGAAAGCUCUAAAUCAUAUUCGGAAUCUGAUGACUUCUUGAAUAAUUACAAAGUUAAAAAUGUUGUCGAUUUGAUAGAACCACAAGAGGUCGGCCAAUAUAUCAUUGUCGGGACCAUUUAUGGUAUUCACCAAGAUAUUGAUUGGUAUUAUGAUGCGUGUACAAACUGUGGAAAGAAAGUUGAAACAGAAGAUGUGUUCAGCGGUCCAGAUAGUGGUGAUGCAAGUGUCGUUUUAAAAUGCAAUGGUCAUAAUUGUAAAAAUAAGAAGAUCUCUUCCGUUCCAAGGUAUAAAAUACCUAUUCGUGUGCAAGAUGAUUCUGGAACAAUCACUCUAACUCUCUUUGAUAGAGAUGCUUAUAGACUUGUCAAAAAACGCGCACGUGAUCUUUUAGAUCAAAUCAAACAGGCUGGGGAUAAUCCAAGAUUAUAUCCGUAUGACCUCAAAUGUCUGGAGCAUAAAAAGAUGGCUUUUAAGAUCGAUGUUAACAGUUUUAACGUAUCCAAUAACUACAAUCGGUUUGGGAUACUUGGCUAUACGGUUGAUAGUAACGUUAUCGAUGCUUUGGAAAAAAAGUUAGCUGUCGAGGCAGGUAGUCCUGCAAAUAAUGAUGAUACAGAAAUCGCAUCUCAUGAAGUAUCCCACGAAACGAAGUCAUUAAAGGAUGCGAUAUCGCAAACAGGUGAUAAUUUGACCCCAACAAUGGCUGACAAAUUUGAAGCUACAAGUCCGUUCAAGUAUAAUUCCCCAACAAUAGUAAAAAAACGAAAUGUUGGAGAUACCAUUGAUGUUGAUGAUUAUGAUAAUGUGAAUUCGUCCACCAAGGUCCCUCGAUUGAAUUCCAAAGUUGAUGGCAACACAGGUCUAUUAAUACCAAAGCUUGAAAAGUAA